AUGGCCACUAGCACCCGGGUGGUUGUCUUGUUCCUCUUCUUGCUCGCAGGCGCGGAGGCGGAGCGUAUCAAUUCCGCGGCGAAUUUGGCUGCCGCCGCCCGCGCCGAGAUCGAGUCGCACAGCUUCAAAGGGCGCUCGUCCACUGACAAGAAGACCAUGGACCUGGAUUGGCACGGCUGCGCAUCCAAGACCAACUGGCUGUUCGGUCCGAGCUGCGGCGAUGUCGAGGGCUGCGAGUGGCACAAGCUGUGGCUCGACACACCGAGGCAAUCGUGCCGCUUCUCGGACGGCUACAAGCUGCAGCCGGGCAACGUCCAGAAGUUCCUCCCCGUGGAGCUCGCCCGCCUCGAGGAGAAGAGCGCCACGUUCGCCAAGAACGGGUGCCUCUUCGGCGGCUGGUUCGCUAAGUGCUACCGCCGCAUGCGCCAGAUGAUCCGGCUACUCAAGUACGUGCGUCGUGCCGUCAGCGACGCCAAGAAUGACCCCUCGCACCCAGCUCACGCGCUGGCCGCUAGGGAGGAGACGUCGCAGAAGCUGCUCAGGGCAGCUGACAAUUUGGCCACGGGCUUCAAGAAACUCCAGGGCAAGGACGGGUUCGGCGAGGCCUUCGCCACGAUGAGCGCGGGCCCCGAGAGCCUCCGCGCCGUGGCCGCCGCGGUGGAGGGCGCAGAGAACCGCUCGCUGACGGACGAGGAGACGGUCGCGAUGGAGAACACGAGAGCCAUCGAGGGAAUGCUGAAGGCCACCGGCACGAGCCUGGACGACGAGCAGCGCGCCGAGCUCUACGCGCAGCUCGAGGCCGGCGGCCCCACGGAGGAGAGCGAGGACGACCUCGACGCGGACGUGGAGGAGCUGGUCGGCUCCCUGGACCAGGCAAUGGGCGAGUCCGACAGCGACGACAGGAGCAACCUUCAGCAGCAGGAGGGCAGCGUCGACGAAGAGGACGAAGAGGACCCCGAGGACGUCGUGGCGAAGGCGGCAGAUGCCGCGGCUUUGGUGCAGCUCGGUGCCCAGACUGGCACGAACUCCACCGGCGCGCUGCAGGCGCGCGGCACAGGCCCCCUGAAGUGGAUCUUCCAGCACGGCCUCGGCUGGAUCGUGACCCGCAUCGCCUGGGUGCUGCUGUUCUUGGUCGGCUCUGCCGUCGGCCUCAUCCGCGCCGGCGUCAUCUUCCCGCUCCUCUUCCUGGGGUGCACGCUCACCAAGUUCAUCACGUGGGUCUUCCGGGACGUCGGCUACAACCUCCUCUGGGAGGGCGAGACCGACCUCGUGGUUAAGCGCUUCCAGAAGAUCGGCAAGUGCCCGGCCUGGGCCUGGGAUGCCGUCGGCUUCGACGCCUCGUCCGAGGAUACCGUGAAGCAGAUCGUCGUGCAGCCCGCCACCUUCGCCUCCUACAUGACCGGAGUGAACCACUGGUACAAGAGCGAGGAGGGCUUGUGCGCCAAGGUCCAGUGUGGCGCGAAUGCGGAGUGCCAAAGCGGACAGUGCAUCUGCAACAAGGGUUACUAUCCGGACGCCAGUUCCCCUGGCCACUGCUACGAGGCCCCCACGUCGGCGGGGUGUCGUUGCAUGGCCACGUGGUCGCAGCAGGAGCUUGUCGUCUUCAGCAGCACCCACCACGGCUGCCCUGCGAGCGGUAAGUGCCAGGUCGACAGGGCCCACGCCUCGUUCGGCACGUGCAAGAGCAGGAUCGUCUCCGCCGCGAAGGGCCUCUUCGAACACGUCGGCAACGCCGUGGGCGUCUCCUUGACGUCCGCGGUCCACGACACCUGCAAGCGGCUCCCCUUCCGUGCCGUGGUGCAGGCCGUGAACACGAUCGCGUGA